CAUAUUGUUUAUUCUUUCUUCCUGGGCCAUGGUUCUCAUUUCAAUGUUAAAUUACACAAAUUGCUUAUUCCAACCAAAUUGAAUUUCCUGGGAAGAUUUGGGAGGAAAAAUGGCAGAAAGGCCCAUGGUCUCCUAGUGACAGGAUGGUCUAGUGACGGGCUCCUAGAGUCUCUGUAAACCAGGAGGUGGCAUGACAGUUGUCAGAGGACAGUUAAAGGCCUUUCUUCCUGAAAACAGCACUGCAAGUGGGUUUGCUCAUGCUCAGUGUUGUCAAGCAUGGCGUUCGGGAAAGAGCCGUUCCCUUAGUUCUGUGCUUGGAAUAGUUUUAAGUUUGAUGAGCAGCAAGGGGCAGUCCUGACUCCAUCAGCGAGUCGAGUUCACGAGACCCAGGUGGUGGGAGUGAAACCAUUUGCUCACAUGCGGCCUGUUUGUUACUCACCACUAGCUGCACGUUACUGCCUGCGAGAGGAAGAACGUCCUUCCCACCAUCUGUCCUGUUUCCUUCUCUCUCUCUUUCCAUUUCAGUCCCUUUUCAUCCACGAAUAAAACCUCGACCCCCACGUGGCCGGGUCGGCCGAGGCCCUGGGCCCCCCUGGGAGACCGUCGUGUUUUACAGGCAUAGGCCUGCGGGUGGGGGUUCAUGCUUCCUUUGCGGGAGCAGCACACUGAGGCUGAGCCGGGCUGUGGGCAGGGGAGCCAGUCACCGCCCUGCACUCCCUGUCCAGGUGCCGGGAAGAUGUUUGACAUCAGGAUCAUGACGGCCAUCGGGGUCGCCUUGCUGAUCGCCAUAGUCCUGCUGAUGUUCUGUGUCACCAGCCUUCUAUUCAAACUGACCAGCAUAUUGAAAGCUCCAAAGCUACCGGUGUGUUUGGUCCUAAAAAGUUUCCCGUCCAUGGUCACCAGGGACAAGAUCGCCGCAGCCUCAUCCAUCACCGCCAGCUGCUACCCUGGCCUCCAGCUCUACGACGAGUGUCAGCUGUGCGCUGACUCCAAGUCCCUGCCGCCCGGCUUCUGUGACGUGAGCGAGGGGCUCUGACCGGCGGGCAUGGCGCCUGCAGGAGUGACCUUUCUUAGCAGAAUGUUUUAUUCGAGUCGUUUUAUAGUGUUCCCACUGUGUUAUGUGCUACAGGACAUUCGUGUGCUUUUGAAUAAAUGCAGAAUUGAAAAUACCCACUCCGCCUCCGGGAUGUUUGGUGUCGUUAGUGAGCCAUGUACUGGAAUUGGGCAUCACCCACUUUGGGACGUGCAGCAUAGGCGGGCGGGAGUAGGAACUAAAAAGGCACGUCGGCGAUUUGACAGGAGGCAGCAUCGUGCCAGGCGCUGGGGAUGAAAACUGUUCUUAUCCCGGCCGCCUCGGGGAAGGGGACGCCGUCUCCGGAAGAGACACGUGUCCUGGCGGGAAGCCCUCUGAGACCCGGAACCGGUCCUUCCAUCUGCACUCUACGAGGAUCAGGAUGGACCCCCAGCCGUGGCCUGUGCUGACUGGAGGGCCCGCCGUCCAUCCAGGCGUCCAUCUCCUCCCGGCCUGGAGCCUGACUUGGGCUCCGAAGGGACAAGGUUUCCGGGGGGACCCUCCCCUGGUAGCACUGGCUCCUCACGGCAGAGGCCAGGGCACAGCAGGGCCAGGUCAGCAGGAGCGGAAGGAGGAGGGGAGAGUCCUGGGCGCAGGGCAGGGGAGCUGUGGACGAGGCAGAGAUGAAACCUGGGCCAGGUAAGGGGCUCCCGGGCUUAUACCCCGGGCCUGGGACCCAGCUGCUCGCUGCCACCCGAGAUGUGGUACCAGAGCCCUAAUGUGCAGACUGCACAGCCCAUGCAGCGAAGCCAUUAACGCAUUCCAUUCACAUUGGCAAACACUACCUGUGAGACCAUUGGGAUACUGCUUCCCAAUCACAUCUCCUGUCAGACACACGCAGAAGAACCUAGCAUUGGUUUUUCAACCACCUGCAUCUCUGUUCAUCCGUGGUCCUCGCUCUGAGGGUAGUGAUGUGGCUACAACCUUGGGGGGCGUUUUCUAAACCAAUGAAGAGACUACACAGCAGAAGCUAUAAAACUUGACUGACGGCUCAACUUGAGGCGAGACGGAACCCUUGAGAACGACAAGGAAAUCCCCGGAGCUGCGCGCCGUGAACGCCCAUGGGCGAGGGAAGGCUGGGCAGGUGGCUGCCGUGUGCCCUCCCGUGUCGCCUGUACAGGAUCCGGAAAUGGAGCAGAUUCCUCCACAAGCAGAGAUCCAAGGACAAUAAAGCACUUGUAUUCCCUCACGUGGUUUCCAAAAUGGACGCGUUUAUUUUUAGAUGCAAAUACAUCCCCUUCAGCACAUGCAAUCGUUACACUUCCUGACGACGAAGCCGGCAGCGAGCACGGCCAUCUCCUCGCCCACGCCGCCCUCAGGGCGCGCCCUGCGCUCACACCCAGCACAGGCGCUGGGGACGGGCAUCAGCGCGGCAAAGGGUCCCGUGCUUUCCGGUGGAUGGAGAUAAAACAAGGUAACCGCCCUCACGUCCCAUCCAACACAAAUCUCCAGCAACGAACCUCCACGGAGGGGACGCAGACCUUCCUCCCGUCACUGCGACACAGGAAGCCAGCGCCACCGCCCCGGGCAGCACAGAGGGCCGACCUGCGCCUGUUCUCAGGGAGCAGCGCCAGUGCAAGUCCGUGAGCCCAGAGGUUCCGACUUACAGAUAACCAAAGAGAAAAACAACUAUCAAAUCCUCAGUGCACUAUUUCUCUCCCUCCUAAGAUGAGGAAAUAAGGUCUUUCAUAGAUAAAAAAUACACUUCUAUCAAACACACCGCAUGGGAGAGCCUUAAAAAUUUUAAACACUUAAAACAACAUCAAGGGACACAAAUCUCUGUAAGAGUGAAUAACUCUGCAAACAAAAAUAACUCCUGACCCGAUCACGCUCACACUCGGGCACGGGGUCACGUCACAAGCACAAGGAAGGUCAUCCACGCUCAGGUGUGGCACGGGGUCACGUCACAAGCACAAGGAAGGUCAUCCACGCUCAGGUGUGGCACGAAGUCACAUCACAAGCACAGGGAAGGUCACCCACUCUCAUGCAGCCCGGGGGUCACGUCACGGGGGUCACGCCACAAGCACAGGGAUGAACGCUGAGGUCACUUGAUGCGAGUAGGAUGCUGAUCCUCCAAUGACAUCGACACUGGCUCGGAGCUUUGGGUCGCGUUGUAAUAAAUAGGUAAUAAAUAUCUGCAUGCACGGCGCA